AAUAGUAGAUCUUUUCUUAUAUCUUGAUCGGCAAUGAGUCGAUUAGGUCUGGUUAUCGAUAGCAUGCAGCUCACGCGUAGGAUCAAUGCCGGUGGCCCAUUCUUCCCUCGGAUUUCUUUCGUUACAGAUGAUAAAGCAAUGUUAGAGGAGCGACGGAAACGGAUCCAGUGGCUCUCAUUGAAUUUAACCGACCGCGCGCCUCGUGUCUUCCUUUGCUUCGCAUUAAUGUCACAACUCAAUAUUCAUACUUGUAUGUUCUGUAUAUGGGUCGAAAGAGCCACGCCAGCAGCUUUUAGAACUACAUGCACUCCUUGCGGCUCAAGCUGGACCGGGCUCCUACAUUAUUCGGCUGCGGUGGAUAAAAAGGUACGUCGGAAACCCGUCUAUCAAGUCGAAAUGCCUCGCAACAAAAACAACGAAGGAUGCUUGACUUGUCGAAUCAGAAAGAAAAAAUGUCCCCUUGAAAGGGCUCCCGACAGUACAUGUUUGGAAUGCCAUCGACUUCAGUUACUCUGCGGAGGAUUCGGAUCCGUCAUUCCUCCUGUUCUAAAGACGGCUCAAGGACAAGCGGAUGCUUGAGUUGUUCAAAGCUAGCCUUCGACGUGAUCAACUUCACUCUGGCUCAGGUUUUGCAGCAACCUUGCUGUUUCCUGGGCCGAUGGGGUUUCUUUCCGUUACAAAUGAAGCUGGCAUGCCUCCGCCACCAGUCCAAUCGACCGCUGA